AAGCGACAGCGACCAGUCAGACUUUGAACGACGCUCUCAGUGGCAAUCCUCAACUGCUUCAGAACAGUAGGACGCUACUCGGCACUCGUGAUUGGACAUAGUAAAUUCUGCAGAUGCGAAGAUGACUGCGACGAAAACAGCUGAAUAUGAAAUCAUUCCACCUGAUGGAGGCUGGGGCUGGAUGGUGGUCCUGGGGGUCGCCCUAAAUUACAUGACCAGUCAAGCCCUCAUCUCCGUGUUCAGCGUAUUGUUUGGACAAAAGCUGAUCUCGAUGGGACAUGAGACAACAAGUGCAGCCGUCAUAAUGAACGUUAUGACGGCAGUCAUGAAUUUCUCUGGUCUACUUACCGGACCGCUGCUGAAGAAGUUCUCGAUGCGGCAGGUGGCUGUCACUGGAGGGUGCUUCGUGGUGACCGGCCUGGUGCUCACCAGCUUCGCCAAUUCCAUUAUUCACAUCAUCAUCACCUACAGCAUCUUCGUAGCGAAGCGGGUCGUGGACCCGGCGGGCAGUGUUUUAUCGGCACCCAUUCUGGUGGCCGACCUUGUUACACUAGCGGCCAAGCAAGAGGGUGGGAACAUCAUGGUUGAAUGCGAAAUGACACUUCUUUGGAAACUGGCGGCGCCGGGAAUCCUGCCGACUGUCUAA